AUCCGGGUCCGCUCCAAGCCCCUCCUGCCACGCCACGCGGAGGCGGGGUCGCCAGCAGAGUUAAAUGGGGCGGCGGCCUGGCCGCCUGGGGUCCCCACCGAGGCCAUGGAGAGAGGCCGCGCGUACACCCGUCUGAACACCUUGCUGCAACACCUCGGCGGCAGCUCCGCUGGGACCGUCACAGCUCAUCCCACUUCAGGGGCUGUUUCUUCUGCCAAGUUCCAACCUCAACAAUUCCAGUAUACUCGCGAUAAUAAUGUUCUAAGCCUAGAACAGAGACAAUUUUAUGAAGAAAAUGGGUUUCUUGUCAUUAAAAAUUUGGUAUCUGAUGCUGAUAUUGAACGCUUUAGGGUUCAGUUUGAAAGAAUCUGCAGAGAGGAGGUGAAACCACUGGGAUUGAUGCUGAUGAGAGAUGUGUCCGUCGGCAAAUCUGAAUAUGUUCCAAGUGAGAAAACGGUCUCCAAGGUCCAAAAUUUCCAAGAAGAUAAGGAACUCUUCAGAUACUGCACCCUUCCUGAGAUUCUGAAGUAUGUGGAGUGCUUCACUGGACCCAAUAUUAUGGCCAUGCAUACAAUGCUGAUAAACAAACCUCCAGAUACUGGCAAGAAGACAUCCCGUCACCCCUUGCACCAGGAUCUGCACUAUUUCCCCUUCAGGCCCAGCAAUAACAUUGUUUGUGCCUGGACGGCCAUGGAGCACAUUGACCGGAAAAAUGGCUGUCUGGUUGUGUUCCCAGGAACUCACAAAGGCCCCUUGAAACUGCAUGAUUAUCCCCAGUGGGAGGGAGGAGUUAACCUCAUGUUUCAUGGGAUCCAGGACUAUGACAAAAAUAACACCCGGGUGUACGUCACAAUGGAGAAAGGAGACACUGUUUUCUUUCAUCCUCUGCUCAUCCAUGGAUCUGGUCGGAACAAAACUGAAGGAUUCCGGAAGGCAAUUUCCUGCCAUUUUGCAGCUUCUGACUGCAAAUACAUUGACGUAAAGGGCACCAGUCAAGAAAAGAUUGAAAAGGAAGUUUUAGACUUAACCCAUAAAUUCUAUGGUUUGGAAGGUGGCAGUCUGAAGGAUGUAUGGACAUGGAAAGGGCGCCUCGUGAAAGGAGAAAGAAUCAGCCUUUGAAAUAGCCCUUUGCUCAAACUCUUAAAGAAAACCAAGAUGGAACAAAGUGUCGAAGGAAAAUGUUUUCUCAAUGAGAUGAAGUAAUCUUUCCUAUCCACUUGUUAACAAAAUCAAAGUGCAUAGAUCAAGUCCUAAUUGCCGUGUAUGGGUAAUUUUGCAGUGGGGAGGAGUGACUUUAAUGGAUGUAAAAACAGUGAAAGUGAAAUAUCACUGUUUUAAGGAAAACUUGGAGUUGCAAACAAUAAAGAUGAUUGAUGUAUAAUUAAAA